AAAUCUUUUAAAAUCCAAAUUGAAUACAGCUCCUUAGAAUCUAAUUAUUAGGAAAAGACCAAGUAAACAUUUUAAUUUUUAAAAUGGGAGCCAAACCGGCCAAUUUUUAAUUUUGAUAAAUUUUAAUUUUGUUAGAGGGCUGGAUAUGGGAGAAAAAGGACCGGGGAUUGAAAUAACUGGCCACUUCUUCAAUGGACAGUUUGGACGGAGGGCUCGCAAUUUCAAUCGGAAUUGCGCAAGAAGAUAGACAGAUCGGGGACGGACUACUUCUUCGACGUUGGGUGGUUCUCCGAUUGCGACAGCAGCGGUGGACGAAAGCUCCUAGUGGCGAAGCAGAGCCAAACUUCCGGCAAACCCUAGUCUUUGUCGGACGAACGAGGGCAGAUUCCGGGACUUUUCAGGUGUUACCCGAGUUCCUUCAAGUUGAAGCAUUUGCCAAGUUGAGGAAUGCCAUUUGGAAGGCAGCAGAAGCACAAGUUGACAUGCCUAUAGCUGGAGCUGUUUCCUUGUAAAGCAUUUGAGAUCUCAUUCUAAACGGUGCGCCUUGAAAGAAAAGAAAGCAAAAAGAUUGAAAAUUGAACAAGAGCAUGAAGAAACAAAAGAAAGACCCCAGAAUUUAGAAGAUGUAGUAUCAUUGCUUUUAAAUACCCUGGGUUCAACGUCUAAUCAAUAUGAUGGUAAUAGUGUAAUACAAUCACUUAGAAAAGUCAUGAUGAGGAUCGAUGGAACCAAGAUGAUGAAGCUGAGAGCGAUGAACUUGAAGAUGUAGACAGUGACGAGCAUUAAAGCUUUGGACUAUAUCUUCUAAUCAUAUUUUAAUUUAGUUCACUUUGACUAUUUAUACUUUAGCUUGAAACAUAUGCAAAUGGUGAACAAAUUUUGUGAUGUUGGUUUACUUUCUAGUAAAAAGGUUAGUUGUAA